AUGCAACAUGCACCACCAGGUUGGCCAGGUGGACAAUAUCCACCUAAUACAAUGAUGCCACCAUCAAUGAUGAUGAUACCACCAUUAUUACCACCAACAGGACAAGUUGGAAUGAAUGGUACAAUGAAAAGUGAAGAAGGUUAUUCAAGUCCAGCAUCACAUGAAAAGAAAACAUUAUGGACAGAACAUAAAGCACCUGAUGGUCGAACUUAUUAUUAUAAUUCAAUAUCAAAAGAAUCUCGUUGGGAAAAACCAGAUGAAUUAAAAACACAAGCAGAACUUUUAUUAUCACAAUGUCAAUGGCGUGAAUAUAAAGCUGAAAAUGGACGUAUUUAUUAUCAUAAUGUUGAUACAAAAGAAUCACGAUGGACAAAACCAAAAGAAUUAGAAGAUAUUGAAAAAAUGAUUUCACAACAACAAACUUCUAAUGAAUCACCAAAUAUUACCGGAUCUCCAGCAACACCACUUACACCAAAUAUACCACCACCAAUGAUGCCACCAUUUGGUAUUAUGCCACCAAUGAUACCACCAUUUGGUACAUUUCCUCCAGCAUCAAUGAUGGCUUCAAUGCAAUCUAUGACAACAUCACCAGCAACAAAUGAAAUUGAUUUACCAUCAAAUGAAAAUAGUCAUGAUGGUAGUGAAGAUGGUAAUAGUGAUAAAGUUAGUAAUAAUAGUCCAGCAACAAAUAAUGAACCACAAAUUAAAAUUGAAUAUGCAUCUAAAAAAGAAGCUAUGGAUGCAUUUAAAGAAUUACUUCGUGAAAAAAAUGUUCCAUCAAAUUCAACAUGGGAACAAGCAUUAAAAUUAAUUGGUAAUGAUCCACGUUAUGCAGCAAUAAAACAUAUUAAUGAAAAAAAACAAACAUUUAAUGCAUAUAAAGUUGCACGUAUUAAAGAAGAAAAAGAAGCUGAUCGUUUAAAAUUAAAACAAAUAAAAGAUGAUUUUGAAUUAUAUUUACAAAAUUGUGAACAUAUGAAUUCAACAAUUAAAUAUAAAAAAGCUGAACAAUUAUUUGGACAUUUACAAGUUUGGUCAGCUGUACCAGAACGUGAACGACGUGAAUUAUAUGAAGAUGUUGUUAAUUAUUUAGAAAAAAAAGAAAAGGAAGAAGCUAAAGCAUUAAAAAAACGUAAUGUUAAAGCAUUGAAAGAUAUUCUAUCUAAUAUGUCAAAAGUAACAUAUCGAACAACAUGGCAAGAAGCUCAAAGACUUUUACUUGAUAAUGUUGAUUUUGUUAAUGAUACUGAAUUACAAAAUAUGGAUAAAGAAGAUGCAUUGAUUGUAUUUGAAGAUCAUAUUCGUGAAUUAGAAAAAAUUCAUGAAGAUGAAUUAGAAGCACAACGAAAAUAUAUUCGACGAACAAAUCGAAAAAAUCGAGAAGCAUUUUUAUAUUUUCUUGAUGAAUUACAUGAACAAGGUAAACUUCAUUCAAUGUCAUUAUGGGUUGAAUUAUUUGGUAUUAUUUCUAAUGAUGAACGAUUUAGUAAAAUGCUUGGUCAACCCGGUUCAACACCAUUAGAUUUAUUUAAACUUUAUGUUGAAGAUUUAAAAGCACGUUUUCAUGAUGAAAAAAAAGUUGUAAAAGAAAUUUUAAAAGAUAAAGGUUAUUCUAUUGAUAUUGAUUCAACAUUUGAAAAAUUUGCUGAAAUUAUUUCAACUGAUAAACGUGCUGCAGCUUUAGAUGCUGGAAAUAUUAAAUUAGCAUUUAAUAGUUUAAUGGAAAAAGCUGAAAUAAAAGAAAAAGAACGUUUAAAAGAAGAAGCACGAAAACAAAAACGACUUGAAUCAAAUUUUAAACAAUUAUUAAAAACAAAAUUAGAUUCAUUAACAGAACAAACAAAAUGGGAUGAUAUUAAAGGACAAAUUGAAAAUGAUAAUGAUUAUCUUUCACUUUCAUCUGAAUCAGAUCGUAUUCGUCUUUUUGAAGAUUAUCAUCGACAUAUUAUUGCUGAAGCACAAGCAGCAGCAGCCGCUGCUGCCGCCGCUGCUGCUGCAGCUGCAGCUCAUCAUUAUCAUCAUCAUCAUAAAAAAGCACGAAAAGAAAAGAAAAAACGUAAACAUGAAAAAUCAAAUAGCAAUAAUACAGCAGCAGUGAGUGAAUCCGAUAGUGAAGAAAAAAAGAAAUCUAUAGCAGCUCCAACAACAACAACCCCGACACCUCAAUCAGCUCCAAUAGAUGCACCCGAAAGUGAUGAGGGUGAAACAAAAGAUAGUGAUGGUGGUGGUGUACCAUCUAAUUCUGUUCCAAUAAUUCCAACAUCUGAAUCAAUAACAGGAACAAAAUCAAAAAAAAGUAAAAAAUCAAAGAAAAAACGCAAGAAGAAAGCAACAUCUGGUCAUUCAUCAAGUGAAAGUGAAUCCGAUGAUGAAUCAGCAAGUAUUUAUACACGUUCACAAAUGCCUGAUGCUAAAUUAGGUUGUGCUAAAUGUGGAUAUGUUGGUCAUUUAACGUAUCAAUGUCGUAAUUUUCUUCAAAUAAAUCCAUCAAAAGCUGUUGUACUUGAUGUUAGUUCAACGAGUUCACCAUCGAGUGAUGAUGAUAAUGAUACACCACUUCAAUUACUUGCUCGAGAAGAAAUAAAUCAUGAAAAACAACAAGAAGAAAAAAAACAAAUAAAAACAAAUACAAAAUCUAAAAAACAUGAUAAAGCAAAACAUAAACGACAUCGAUCACCAAGUACAAGUAGUUCAACGGAAUCAGAAUCGGAAGCAAAAAAAUCUAAACGAAAACGUCAUCAUAAACAUCGACAUCAUUCAUCAAAAUCAAAGAAAUCUAAAAAAGAAUCAAAACAUCAUCGUCAUCAUUCUUAA